AUGAAGGCCACCUCGCUGGUAAUCACCUGCGGUGCACUCGCUGUAGCCCAGCAGACGGCUCUUUGGGUGCCUGACUGCGGCGAUGAGGUCUUGAUGCUCGGCACUAAUGUUGCAGAUGAGUUUAAAUCUCUGAACACACUCAGUGUGGAAGAUAUCAACACGAUCCUCGCAUUUAACACGUAUACAGUGGUAUAUGAAAGUACCGCACCGUCGGGGUUCCGAUACGACAGAGGUUACCUUGUGAAAGACCCACCACCGCAACAAAUUGUCACAACUUGCACGACGCCUCUCUCGGGCAUAGGGGGAGCCACUAGAGCAACGCCGACAGGGCUUUCAUCGACAAGUACCCAAGCUAAGACGGGAAAUGCCACAAUUGCCGCGGCCUCACGGUCUCCACAGGUGGCAACUGCUACUUCUUGCUAUACCACCGGGCAGCCAGUGUCGAAAUCUGCCGUAGUGAUGAAUCAGGUUUUCAGCUUUUGCGGCGUCCAUACUAGUUUAGCCACACCCACAAGAAUCUCUUCGACAGUGACAUAUGGCGGCCUGAAGAUGCUGUUCCAAGUCAAUCCGGCGACUUGCGACCCAGAAGGCGGCGCGACCCGGAGAGACGUGAUGUUCAUCAGACCAACCGGAGGCAUGCCAACCGACUCGAUGCAAGUUUUUAACAGAGCGCUAUGGCCGUGCGUACAUCUGUGGAACCUAUGGGAGUAUUGCAAUGACGACCAUAAUAAUGAAGGGCGAGGUGGCUCUGGCAUUUUGGAUUGUGUGGAAUUCAGCCUAAGACCUUUGUAUUCCGCGGCCGUUCAAGAAGGGCGAGUCAGAGGCGUUGGUAUCGACGAAUUCUUGCUUGGAGUGGGCUUUCACGUGGGGUUUGUGCAGAGUGGCGACGUGUAUGGUAUGUUUGAUGCGGCUGCCGCAGAGGAUAGAGGAUAUGAACUCGCUCGACGUGAUGCUGCCGGUCUGUUUGAGCUUGUUCUUACAUUCGUGCAGCACGCACAUAUAUUUCCGCAGCGAAUACUGUCCUUUUGCGUUCUCAGCAAUCGCUCUCCUGCAUCAGCAAUCUCGAUUGACCGCAAGCGCUCGACUGGCGGCUCGUCUCAUCAUCUCACUGCUAUCAUGACGCGCCCACAGAAAAUGGUCAUUGUCGGUGCCGGCCCGGUUGGGGCAUUGGCAGCGCUCUAUGCCGCUCAGCGAGGCUACGUUGUUGAGUCCACAUAUCUUCGUGAUCCUGGCGUUGGCCGCCUCAGCCCCGGAAAGUUCAUCAACCUCGCUCUCUCGGAGCGCGGCAUGAACGCCUUGCGUCACGCGGGGCAGCCAGAGCUCCUCCAACGCGUCCUUGAUGCCUCCGUGCCUAUGCGGGGCAGAAUGACCCACGGAAAAACGGUGUCCGGGGACCUCUACGAGGUAUCUCAGGAUUUCGAUGCCUUGGGGAGAACCAACUUCGCCAUCGAUCGGGCAGCUCUCAAUGCCAACCUUCUUGACUGCCUCGACGGGCUUCCCAACGUAAAGCUAUUCUUCAACCAUAAGCUCAUCCAUGUCGACUUUCAUAGCUGCACGGCCCUGGUGGAGGAUCGAGACUGGCUCUCCCUGAGCAUAGAGGUCAAGUUUGACAUUAUGGUCGGUGCUGACGGCGCGCACUCUGCUGUCCGCUACCAUAUGAUGAAGAUUUCUCGCAUGGACUACCAGCACGAGUACCUCGAUGUCCUCUGGUGCGAGCUCCGUAUGAAGCCUGGCAAGGUUCGGGGCGACACAGCGCACGCAUGGAAGAUCUCACCGAGCCACCUGCACAUCUGGCCCGCGGAAGAUUCCAUGUUUAUCGCCACUCCCAACAAGGACGGUUCGUUUACCUGCACCCUUUUUAUGCCAGCGAGCCGCUUUGCGGCAUUGGCAGCCGACGAAUCACGAAUCCUGCCAUUUUUCGACGCAAACUUUCCGGGCGUCCGCAAUCACAUCUCUGACACGUCCCUGAUCCGAUCGUUCAGCGAGUGCCCGCAUCGGUCGCUGGUCAGCAUCAAAUGCAGGCCGUUCCAUUUCGGGUCGUCUGGCGUCAUCGUGGGUGACGCAGCGCACGCCAUGGCUCCUUUCUAUGGCCAAGGCAUGGACGCGGGCAUGGAGGAUGUCCGUCUUCUGUUUUCCGUGCUGGAUAAGCACGCGCAUGCGACAGGGGCGGCUUUGCGCGGUGAACAAGGUGAAGACGACGAAAACAACAACUCGUCCAGCAGGGCUGCGAAAAUUUGCGGGCGGGCACUGGCGGAGUACUCCGCUAGCCGCUGGCGGGAUGCCCACACCAUCAACGACCUGGCGAUGCAGAACUACCGAGAAAUGCGAACAUCUCAAUCCACUCUAUAUAAGCUUCGCAAGGCUCUGGAGGGAUUCAUCUUAAGAUCCUAA